AUGUACAUCGCUAUGAGGAACUAUGAUAGUAACUUCAUCCUUGCAAAUGCUCAGGUGGCUAAGGGAUUCCCUAUUGUUUACUGCUCAGAUGGCUUCUGUGAGCUUGCUGGAUUUGCACGAACUGAAGUCAUGCAGAAGAGCUGCAGCUGUAAAUUUUUACUUGGUGCUGAAACAAAUGAGCAGAUGAUUCUUCAAAUUGAGAAAUCGUUGGAGGAAAAGGUAGAAUUCAAAGGAGAAAUCAUGUUCUAUAAGAAGAACGGGUCUUCAUUCUGGUGCCUACUGGACAUUGUUCCUAUAAAGAAUGAAAAAGGAGAUGUAGUACUCUUUCUGGCCUCUUUCAAAGAUAUAACAGACACAAAAGUGAAGAUUGCUGCAGAAGACAAGAAGGAAGAAAAAUGGAAAGGAAGAGGAAGAGCAGGGUCACAUUUUGAAUCAGCACGAAGACGGAGUAGAGCGGUCCUUUAUCAUAUAUCUGGACAUCUACAAAGAAGAGAGAAGAACAAAUUAAAAAUUAAUAAUAAUGUUUUUGUAGAUAAACCAGCAUUUCCAGAAUAUAAAGUUUCAGAUGCAAAAAAAUCCAAAUUCAUAUUGUUGCAUUUUAGCACUUUUAAAGCUGGCUGGGACUGGCUUAUUUUACUGGCAACGUUUUAUGUUGCUGUGACUGUACCUUACAAUGUUUGCUUUAUUGGCCAUGAUGAGCUGUCUACAACUCGAAGCACAACUGUCAGUGACAUUGCAGUGGAAAUUCUUUUUAUCAUAGAUAUUAUUUUAAAUUUCCGAACAACAUAUGUCAGCAAGUCUGGCCAAGUUAUAUUUGAAGCAAGAUCUAUUUGUAUCCACUAUGUGACUACCUGGUUUAUCAUUGACUUAAUUGCUGCACUUCCUUUUGAUCUUCUUUAUGCUUUCAACGUCACUGUG